AUAUCGAUUGUACUUCCAGCUCUAGCAAGCAUUUAACAAUUUUGUUUGUCAUCGCGCUCGGCAGAAUUAAAACCUUAGUUUUCCUUGCUAAUAUAGUUGAAUUGAAGAAUAUAUAUAAUGGAUUUGGAUAACGCACGCGAUCUGCCCCGCGCUGGUUUCAAUUUCGACAACUGCAAGCGCAAUGCAACUCUUUUGAAUCGAGGCUUCAAGCCACCGACCACCACCAAGACGGGAACCACAAUCGUUGGCAUCAUCUACAAGGAUGGUGUUAUUCUGGGCGCCGAUACGCGAGCCACCGAGGGACCCAUUGUCUCGGACAAGAACUGCGCCAAGAUCCAUUACCUGGCCAAAAACAUAUACUGCUGUGGAGCUGGAACCGCUGCGGACACUGAGAUGACUACGGAUCUCAUCUCCUCCCAGCUGGAGCUGCAUCGCUUGCAGACAGAUCGUGAGGUGCGCGUUGUGGCCGCCAAUACGAUGUUGAAGCAGAUGCUUUUCCGCUACCAGGGUCAUAUCAGUGCCGCUCUGGUGCUUGGUGGAGUGGAUAAGACUGGACCCCACAUCUAUUCCAUUCACCCACAUGGAAGUUCGGAUAAGCUGCCGUACGCCACCAUGGGAUCGGGUUCCCUGGCCGCCAUGACCGUUUUCGAAAGUCGCUGGAAACCUGACUUGUCCGAAGAGGAGGGCAAGAAACUGGUGCGCGAUGCCAUCGCCUCCGGAGUGUUUAACGAUCUGGGUUCGGGAUCCAACAUCGAUCUGUGUGUUAUCCGCAAGGGCAGUGUUGAGUAUCUGCGCAACUAUGAGCUGGCUAACAAGAAGGGCAAGCGCCAGUUGGACUACCGCUUCAAGACCGGAACCUCAACCGUGCUGCACACCAACAUUAAGGACCUACUCGUCACCGAACGCGUCCAGGCGGUGCCCAUGGAGAUUUCUUAAAGCGAUUCCCCUUUCUACCCUUUUCGUACAUUUAUUAUAAUAAAGCUUCGGCAGGAUCUAUAUGGAGUGGUUCAAUAAAGGAAGCCAUGCUUCAUCUU